AUGGCCAAAGACGAAAAAGAAUCUGAUGUGGAUCAAAGCUUUGUCUCCGAUUCUCGCUCAGAAGCAGCCGACCUGCCAUCGGAACGUGAAGAACCACGUUCUGAAGACACCGUAACACCGACGACACCGCAUGAUACAAAGGCAAGUGUUGCUUUGCUCCCAGUGUGUAUGUUUGUCUGUAGACAGCUGUGCUAAUA